AUGUCUCAGAAAUCUCCCAUUUUCGUCGACUGGUCACCCACAUCACUGACACUAAUCCACACCACCAAAUCCGCCAUCAUCGUUGACACCUACGCCACCGUUCCCCAAACCGAAGAGCUCGCCGACUGGAUCGAGCAGACAGCGCCAGGGAAGCAGAUCAAGUACUUCUUCACUACACAUGCCCACCCAGAUCACUUCAUGGGAUUUCCCGUGCUGCAAAAGCGCUUCCCGGGUAUCAAGGCUAUGGCUACAAGUAAGGUUCUCGAAGGCAUAUGGCCCAUGUACACACCGAAUUGGGUGAAGUUGUGGCAAGGCUUCUUCCCCAAUCAGGUCGAUGCUACGCAGCAUGACUGGGAGGCCUUGCCAGCUUCAAACGAGCUGGAGCUAGACGGCCACAUCUUGAAAGCGUAUGAUGUGAUUCAAGGAGAUUCUUCAGCCAACAGCUUCCUCCAUGUCCCUUCUCUGGAUCUGGUCGUAGCCGGUGAUCUUGUCUACGGAGACUGCUACCAAUAUCUCGCCGAAGCCAACACCAAAGAGAAGCGAGCGAACUGGAUCAAAGCUGUCGAACAGAUCGAGAGCUUGCAGCCCAAGAUUGUGGUGCCAGGUCAUAAGCGACGGAGUCAGAUCGAUGGAGCGUAUCUGACAGAAACAACGAAAGAGUACAUCUGGGUGUUUGAGAGGGAGCUGGAGAAGGCGAGUAGUGCGGAAGAGCUGGAGAAGAGGAUGAUCGAGCUGUACCCAGAGAGGUGGAAUCGAUUCAUUCUGGAGCGGAGCUGUCAGAGUUCCUUCGCCGCUAAGACGAGCAAGGAGCAGUUGUGA